AUGGCUUCAACUCAGAACCCUGUUCGCAUUGCUAUGCGUGACAAGCACUACAAUGAACGCUCCGAAAUUCAGAAUGCAGCCAUGAAAGCUGGCCUUGACUUGAUCCCCAGCUUUUCAGACAGAGACAAUCUGGUAGUCGUUGACUAUGGGACCGCUCAGGGCGCCAACUCCAUCGAACCUGUAAAGAAGGCCAUCUCAACCUUGCCAGAUGGCGCUAUCGCUUCUCUCAUCUUCGAAGAUACCCCGUUCAACGACUUUGGAACCUUGGCAAAGACUGUCUCAGACAACUUUACCAACCAAGACAGCAAGAUCCAGAUCGUGCCAAGUCUCGUUCCACUGGGAUUCUAUCAGCAGGUAGUCCCAACGGGCCAAUCCGACAUUGGCUUCUCCUGGUCAUCUUUCAAUUACCUAGAGAAUAUUCCAUCUGUUAGUCUCGACGCAACAGCAUCGCCAGCUGAAUUCGCAGUGGCUCGUCACAAAGCACUCGCUGCAGCAGGGCAUACAGACCUGAUAAAGAUACUGAAGCUUAGGGCAAAGGAGACUCGGAGCGGUGGGUAUUUAAUUGCUGCUAUUGGAGGACAAGCGCCUGAAGGGGAGAGUACGCCUUCGAAGCCGGGAUCGCAAGUCCUUCAAGCUGGAUUGAUGAGAAUGGUCGGCGAGGGGAAGCUGGCAUUGUCUGAACUGAUGCAGAUGGCCCUUUUUCCGAGUCACGAGCGCACCCCCAAAGAAAUCGAGGCCGCUUUGAGAGAUGAGGCUGUCGCACCGCUUUGGGAGGUGGAGUCAAUGGAGCCGAAGCUAAUUGUCCAGCCAGCCUGGCAGGCUUACCAGGACAAGAUCAAGGUCGACGAGAGCAAGAAAGACGAAGCUCUAAAAGAAUAUGCUCGAGUUGCUACUAAUAAUGUGGUCUCAGCUUCAGGGUGGUUCUGGGUCGACGUGCUGAAGAAGUCACGAGGCCAAGACUGGGAUGGAGGCGAAGCAUUUCUCGAAGAAUUCAUCAACAUCACAGUGGAGGAAUUUGUCACAAAGUUUGCGGACUUCAAGUUGGAGAUAUGGUAUAAUUACAUCAAGCUUAAGAGAACCGAUAAGAAAGCCUAG